AGUAAUUGCUUGAUGAUUUGAAAUAGUAUAAAAAGCUCCGCUAAACGGGUUCUAAUGGGCCAUUGAAAUACUAGACAGACUAGAUCGACUAACUAUAUUUUCCAACCGCGCGGUGCUCAUCGUUGACGGUGUCGAUCGAAAAGUCCCCGUGGAGUAAACUGCUAGGCAUACAAAUUACAAGGGGUGUUGUAGGGCGCUGGUCAAGGGUAUGGAUGGACAGCUGAAGCUGAUCAUUUUGCUGUGCCGCAUGGUGUAAAAUAACAUAUCGACUCAGGGGAUCGCGCACGACGAUUUCUUUUCGUCUAGAGAAAUCUCGAUACACGUACUCCCUCUCUCGCGACCUUUUUCUCACUUUGGCAUCGAGUAGAAUCAGCCCUAUGGCAUGAUAAGUCAUUACUUUACAGACAGCGAACUCGCCGCCCUAACCCACACUAAUUCCCACGUCAUCGACCUUCUAAGAAAAUAUUUUGAGUUCACGAUACUACCGUCAUUGACGAGUUAAUCCGGCGGUAAUCAACAGCGAGUUCCAGCGCCAUCACGGAACCGCCCGUGGUGACGGACAUGCUAUGCCGCAAGACGGGCACCUCUCUACCGGCUCUAUAGUCGGUAUCGUAUUCGCCGUCAUGGGCUUCCUCACCUCCAUCUCACUACACAUAUUCUUCCACCUACGCAGGGAAAAGAAAAGAGAGCAGAAGGAGAGGGAAGAGAAAGAAAAGGCAGAUAGGGAAAAGGCGGACCUCGAGAAGGGAAACGCGGACGGCUCCACCCCUACGAUCGAGGAAGGAGGCCUCGCUCCCAAGCCGGAACUCGAGGGUACUAUGGUCGGCGCCGUGAUGCCGAAGAUGGAACUCGACUCGCAGCCCGUAGCGGAGCUUCCCAACGUAUCACGCGUAGGAGAAUUAGACGGAUCGCCGUCCGCAUCAACGUCGCAGCUUGGCCAGAAAUCAGCAUCGACGCCGACCAAACAGCCUGGUGUUGCAUACGAGUUACCUGGUUAAACCACUACUUCAUUCGAAAUCGAUUACAUACUUGGCGUUUUAUAUCUUGGAUACGGAAGGGUUAUAUACCACGGCCUUUCAGCCACACGGAACGGACUUCCCCAACUAUCGUCGAAAUCCAGAGCGAGUAUCUUCAGCGGGUGUUUUCGGGGAAGAAUCUAGAUUAUACCAUGUUCAUUUAAAUACA